CAACAUUUGAUAAUGUUUCCGAAACAAACUUCAAAUGUUGCGUUUCAGUGUUCUUGUGUUUGAAGUUACGUGACAUAGUUUACGCAAGGUUUUCAACAAGAACGUGUACAUUAACGGAUAUAACUCUUCCCUUGCAAUAUGAGUAAAAGCAAGACAGAAAUAGAGGUGGUGAUCUCAUCACAAUUUGAAGGCAACAACUUAGUAGUGAAACACGACAUCAAGGGGAGAACGAAAAACACAAUGCGGUCACAGCCAUCUAGCAAGGCAGUGGAGACAGAGAAGUCUGCAGCCAGCGUCAGCAGUCAUGUGUCAGGCACUACUCCCAGAGCAACAGUCCGCAGAAAUGACCUCAAAGCCACAACUCCCAAAACACAGAGUACAGCCAGCAGUUCCCAGGCUGCGACUCCCAGAACGCCCUCAGCAGCCUCCAUUUUCAACUCCACUCCGAGAACCCAUGCUGUCACCCAUCCUUCUGACGCAGCCACCCCAACCUCAGUGGCUUCCUCCAGGACCAACACACCAGGAGUCAGCAGAACUCCCCUCGUGCCCUCAGGCUCAAAGACCCCCAUGACUAAUACUCCAAGACAUGGCGUUCCACUACCAAAGAGGUUCCGCAGAGAUGAUGAGCAUGGCAAACCUACCACUGGGCCACGCACUGGGGUGCAGAGGUCCAGAAGUAUCCGCGAUACAGAAGGCCGAAAGAAAGAGGACGAUGGAAAGCAAAAGGAAAAUUUUCCACGAGUUUUAUCAUCAUCUUCAAUUAAUGUUCCAUCUCCAAGAAUAUCAGGCAGCAGGCUCUCAGCAGAAUCAAAGACCCCAACUUCCACUAAAUCUUUAUCAGCCAGGUCUUCCAAAGCUUCUAUAGGUUCGAACACACCAACCGUAGGCUCGGGGAGAAGGUCUAGAGCUAGCCUUAACAGAUACACCAGCCUACUGUCAGAACCACCUCACACACCUAUGUCACAGGGUUCGUCAGGAGAGUUUCUAACGCCAGAUAUAGUAAACCGCCGAUCAUCAGUAAUGCUAACAAGCCCAGGAGUGGAGGAAAACUUUGAUGGAACAGAAUCAACUGCAGUAUCUGUUGGUGUAAGAGUGCGGCCACUGAAUAGCAGGGAAAGAGUGUCAGAUGUCAAGAAUGUUGUAGAGGUGGCCGGCAAUACGGUAAAGCUGUCCAGCGAAAAUGGGUCAGUCCAUACCUUUGCCUAUGACCACUGCUUCUCAUCCUGUGAUGAAGUGCACCCGACUUACGCCUCUCAGCAGUCUGUCUAUAGCACCCUGGCACGGCCGUUGUUGGACAAGUCAUAUGAAGGGUACAAUGUCUGUUUGUUUGCUUAUGGACAGACAGGUUCUGGAAAGAGUUAUACGAUGCUUGGGGAGGAGUCCCACGAGGAUCCAGAGUCAGACGCAGGAGAAGCUUUGGGAGUCAUUCCUCGAUUCUGCAGGGAGCUCUUUAGCCGUGCCGAUUACCUUCACUCACAAAAUCCUCCUGAGGAACAGCUUCCUCAGUGUCGCAUUGAAGUGGAAGUCAGUUACAUUGAGAUCUACAAUGAGAGGAUAUACGACCUUCUGAGUAGUGGUGGGUGCAGUGGUGAUCGCCGGGAGGCCUUGCGGGUUAGAGAACACCCAGAGGAUGGCCCGUAUGUGGAAGGAGUUGCUCGCCAUUUGGUUUCGUCAUAUAACCAUUUGCAGACAUGGCUACUAUUAGGAAACAAGGAGAGAUCCAUUGCAGCUACUGGAAUGAACGACAAGUCUUCACGUUCGCAUGCUGUGUUUACACUGAGACUCAAGCAGAUGCAGGUGGAGGAUGUGGAAGGCGAAAGGCUGGAAAGCAGCCGCGUGAGCAUCAUCAACCUGGUGGACUUGGCAGGUAGUGAGCGCGUGGCAGCAGCUCAGUCACAGGGGGAUCGGCUUAAGGAAGGAGUAUGCAUCAACAAAUCGCUGCUUACUCUUGGGAAAGUCAUCACCGCCCUUGCUGAGAGUGCUGGCCGCAGAAGACCCUUCAUCCCGUAUAGGGAAUCCGUCCUCACCUACGUGAUUUGGAUUUUGAUAAGCUUGAAGGAGCUGUAGAGGAGGUGAAGACAAGACUAGAGAAACUAAUGUGCUUUGCUGGCCUUGGACCCAAGAACUCAGGAACUCUGAACAACUGUUCCUUCAGUUCCACCUCCAGCCUGGAAGACAGUGGCGUGUUCAUGGACAGCCUCAGUACUAUUGCUUGGAGAGCAGUCCAGGCCAUUGAAAGUCUUCAGGCUGUCGUUAGCCAAAGGGACUCCAUCUCACUUCCUGACAGCAGCAACAAACACAAGGCCAGCAUGAUGCUAGGACAAUGGCCCACCAAUAGUAAAGAGUACUUAGAAUACCGCAAAGGACAAAGGAGCACUCAGAAGUCCCCGUAUAAGAGUUCUCUCCGAUCGGCUACCAGUGUCUCUGGUGAGGAGAAGAGAGUGAGGUUUAAAGUUAGUGUCUCUCCUACUAGUACAGAGGGAGAGGAUAGUCUAGAUGUGUAGUUGUUACUUAACUCUUUAACUCUAAGGAGAAUUGAUGUAAAAUAUAUUUAUUCCUGUAUUUUUUAUGAUUUCUUGCUUGUGUGUUUUGAUAUUGAUUUUUAGCAAAAAGGACUGGAUAC